AUGAAAAAGGCGUGGGUUAGUCUGCUGGUAGCGGGCAGUCCAAGCGACUGGGUACAGCAUUCUGAACUGUACCAUGAUGAUGAUCUUGUUCAACAACCUGUUGGACAGGUUGAUCUCUAUCUCUCUGACUUGGUCAAUUUGGCUGGUGUCCCAACAGCGUUUUGUCGCCCCUCGACUGUUGAGUUGGCUGCUGGGGUCACAAGGAAUCCCACGAUCACCAUAACGUUCGAACGACUUCGGGCUAUCUUCCGCGAAGCUCGCCAUGUACACAACCCAACCAAAUUUACAACGGAGGCUACUGAUCAAGAGCAAGUCUUGUAUGAGGAGGCUGAGAGGCGUGUGGCCGAGGCCGAGAGGCGUCUGGCCGAGGCCGAGAGGCGUGUGGCCGAGAUACGUUCUGAAGCACACAUCGAGAUGGAACGGCGUGUGGCCGAGGCGCGUUCGGAAACACGCAUCGAGAUGGAACGGCUCAUGGCCGAAGGCCGGUUGGGGACCAAGUAG